GGUGCUCUUUGUUAGUUUCCUGGAACCCUAGGUCCUGAUCAGGAGGCCCCGGGGAAUAUCAUCCCAGCUCCGCAUUUUCCUUCGUAGUCCGGUCCGGGCGUUGCCCUAGUGUUGUAGCGUUGUGCGUCGUUGUGCUAUAAAGUCUGCGCCUUUUACACUCCCCGUGUUAGUCCGUGGCUGUGAAAAAGUUCAACAUGAUUGGAUUGGUAGCACUUUGCGCUUUGGCCGUUUUGGCACCCACCGAAGGAAACCCGAUUUUGGGGUACCCGCCGUUGUUGGCGCAGCCGGCCCCAGCCGCGAUUGUACCCUUGCCCCUGCUUCACUCCAUCCGGAGUCAAUAUCACUCCCAGGAUGAGCUUGGCCAGUACUCCUACGGCUACAGCAACGAGCAUUCCAGCAAGGUUGAGAACAAAGACUGGGCCGGCGUGACCUCCGGCGGCUACUCCUACAUCGACGCCAACGGGCUAGUGCAGGCCGUGAACUACGUCUCGGACGACGUGAACGGCUUCCGCGUGGCCGCCUCCAACCUCCCCGUCGCCCCUCCCGCGCCGGUGGUGCCACUCCCCGUCGCCCCGCAGCCGAUCGCCGUCCCCGCCGCACCCCUCCCUGAGCCGGUCCAGGACACGCCCGAGGUCCAGAAGGCCAAGGAGGACCACAAGAAGGCCUUCGAGGACGCCGAGAAGGCUCUCAAGGAGGCCGAGAAGCAGGCUGCCGAACACCCCGAAGAGCCCGCCGAGGAACAACCCCAGGAACAGCAGCCCGCCGAGGAAACCAAGUCCGAAGGAGAAGCCAAACCAGAGGAGGAAACCAAAUCCGAAGGUGAAUCACAACCAGAAGCCGCCGUACCAGAGACACCCGCUGCACCCGAAGCCGCCGCUCCAGAAAAGGCCGCCCCUGAGGCCCCCGCCCCCGCUGCCCCCGAAGCUCCCGCCGCCCCAGAAGCCGCC